UUUUCAGCACAGCAGUGAUGUUGAAGGUUUCAUAUGCCUUCCUCGUCAUAGAUCAGCUAAGGGACAUGUCGAUUUUCUUUCCGCAUUAGGCGCUGACAUCGCUUCGGCCUUGCAACAAUGGAUUUCUAGCCAAAGUCAAAGUCCGCGAAGCUUGUUCUUCCACCUCGGGGACGGGUGGCCUCUUACCUUUAAAUCAUGGUACAAUCUGUGGACUAAACCACUGCACGUUUUAUUACCUUUAUAUUUCUUUUAAUCGACGUCGCUGGCCAACGUCACCCACCUUCCUUAAAGUUAGUAACAUUAUAUACCUGCUACAAUGUCGACCUGGUCAUGUUCAUCGUGCCCCAAGAGCUUCACUCGCAAGGGCGAUCUUACUCGCCACCAACUGCUGCAUACCGGAAUCAAGCCACACAUCUGCGGCACAUGCGAAAAAGGGUUUGCCCAGUAUUCAGGCCUCAAGACCCACCUCAACACACACACCAAGGCCAAGCCUUAUGUGUGUGGUAUUGGUACCUGUAUGAAAGCGUUCAGUGAUCCCUCGUCUUGCACUCGCCAUCGAAAGGAAACUCACAGACGCGAGGGCGCGUACAAAUGCACUGUACCAGAAUGUGGCACAAGAAUUAAACGGCGAUCUGCUUUUGUCGCACACAUGAAGAAGCAUGGAAUCGACGCCCGUACACUAGAUUUAGAUGCCAUUGCCUCGUCGGCAGAUAAAAAUACUUCCCAACAGUCUACCUUCCAUUUUCUACCUCCCCAAGUAGCCGAUGCUCCUUACCGUCCCCCUUCAGAGGCGUCACUUUCAGGCGUUACUGAAGAACAUUGGGCUCCCGCUGCUCCGAUGCCGACGAGCAACUACCAGAUGCCCGUUCCUGAAUGUGGUGGAGCCUCCGGUGUGACUGACGACAUGUAUAACUAUAGUUGGCCGUCUGAACUUGGCACUGGACAAUCUAGUUCUUCGUUCAUACCCCCGUCAUCGCUAUCUACGUGUCCUCCUACGCAUAUUGACGACUUCAUUUUCGAUGCUGAAUACAACGGAUACCUACAAUCCAAUGACACAUUCUCUGGGUUGCCCUCUUCAUAUGCAUCGGCGUCACCCUCUUUACCUCCUCUUCUCGACGGCUUCGUAGACUGUUUCGGGUCUCGCAUGCGAUCGAUGUCCUCUUCACCGGCCACGUCUUCUAACUCUGCGCUGGACGAUCCGUUGGAUUAUGCUCUCUUGGACCAUAAUGUACCUAACCCAUACCUUUUGUUCAACACCAUUUAAUUUACCGCACUAAUACUUACACUUCACGCAUUCAAGGAUUGUCGCAGGACCACUUUUUAUUCAUAAUUUAUACCGCAGCAUUGUAGCCCUACAUACCUCUCACUUUUCACCAGCAUUUGUUCAGUGAACUCAUGUCUUAUUACCCUGAUACCAAGUGGCUUUUAAUACACUGUACUUUUGAAGUCCC